AGGGCCACCAGCUCAGCCCACCGCACGCGCCGCCUGACGCGCGCACGACCUCCGGCCCUUUACUGAUUCAGAGGACGACGCAGGCCGCGCCGUGACCAAUCAUAGAGCUACGUAUAUAGUGGUGGUGUGAUGCGGGGGUAGUCACUCGCCGUCAACAUGUGCCGGCCGCUGCACCUCGUCCUGGCCGUCGUCGCCGUCCUCGGCGUCCCCGUGGCCGCCGCCCAGCAAGCCGCCUUGUGCCCGCAGCCCAAGACGCAAGCCGGAUUCCUCGCGGACAGCUUCGCAGGCGAAUGGCACGAGAUGAAGAGGGUGCCCUGGGCCUUCGACACCGAGAGCGACGGUGACUGCGGCACGGUGCGCUUCUCCUGGAUCACCAAGAACGACGUCAAGGAAAAGCUCGCCAUCGACAACUAUUACUUCAUGCCCCGAUCCGUCCUCGGCGUGGGAUACAGCAACAGGUCAGUCAGCCGCAUUGUGCUGUCCGCCGUGCCCGACGACAUCGCCAACGGCAAAUUCACUGCGACGUUUGACACUCAAACCGCCGAGGAAAAGCGCCUUUACCCUCCGUUCAAGUACUGGGUGCUGGGCACUGACUACGACUCGUACGCCGUGGUGUUCUCGUGCCAGGAGCCACCCGGCUCCAUCGUCCCGCACAUCAAUCUGUGGGUGCUCUCCAUGCACCCGUCCUCGUACACCGCCGAAGUGGACGCCAAGGUGACCGCCCUCAUCACGGCCGCGGGUCUGGACCCCAGCAUCCUCAGGCCGGUGCAGCACCAGUACGGGUGCCCGACCAUCGAGCGCUGCCAGCAGUGCAACAAGCCAAUGAACGUCGACCUCGAGAAGUUGAAGGGCCCCUGGUGGAGUGUGCAGCACAGCCACUACGCGGACGAAUAUGACCACGGGAGCUGCCGCUCCACACAGUUCGUCCCCGAAAGUGGCGGCAUCAACCUCGAGAGCACCAUGAUAUACAAGCUCACCCCAAAGGAACAAGACACCAUAGAGAUCACGAAGAGCCAGUGGCAGCGCAGGGGGGACGGGUCGUUUGACAACACUGUAGGGGGCGUGCUGUGCGUGCAGGGAACCGACUACGACAGCUGGGCCGUGGUGUCCGUAUGCAGGAGUACGUAUAAUGUCCUCCCCGUCUUCCCUAUGCGGCCCUUCGGCGUGAGAAUGCUGGCCUCCGAAGGCGGCGUCUUCGUGCUGUCCAGGAAGACCGGCCUCACCCCGCAGCAGCAGCUAGAAGCCAACAAGGCCGUGGUCAUGGCCGGCAUGCCCGUCGCCCACAUGCAGGCCACGCCGUCGACGCCCUGCCCCAAGGCCCUGCUGCCCGGCAGUACCGCCAGCGCCGGCAGCACCACCAAGACCCCCGCCGUCCUGCUUCUGUCAGUGCUGGCCGCCGCCUUGGGGCACCUCAGGCCUGCGCAGUAGACAAUGAAUAAAAACGUGCUGCAAACAAAUCUGAAGAGCAAACAACAGA